GGGCCUCUUAUCUCACUCUGGUCCUCAGCCUCAACCAUCUCAGGCAGUUCUUCAUCAGUGCUACUUCAAUCCCCCCGGCUGAUAUUUAGAUAUUAAGAUAACACAAAUUAGUAGUCGACAAAGAGGACAAGGGCCCCAUAAGGGGAUAAAAGAUUAGAUCGGAGAGCCCACAAAUAAAAUUCAAGCCGAACAAACCAACCUCAAAAACGGGUUGUCCUUUUGCCAGCUUCACUGCAACCGCCAUGGGCAACUCAAAGAGUGGAGCGCUUUCCAAGGAAGUUCUGGAGGACCUCAAGUCGAACACCAAGUACUCAGAGACCGAGCUGUGCACCUGGUAUCAGUGCUUCCUCAAGGAAUGCCCCGGCGGCAAAAUCAGCAGGAAGCAGUUUGAAGGCAUCUACGCAAGCUUCUUUCCCAACGCCGAUCCCAGUGCUUACGCCAGGCACGUGUUCAGGAGUUUUGACACGAACGCAGACGGCACCUUAGACUUUAAAGAGUAUAUCGUAGCGCUUCACCUCACCUCUGGGGGUAAAACGUUGCAGAAACUAGAGUGGGCCUUCGCCUUGUACGACGUGGAUGGGAACGGAACCAUCAGCAAGAAUGAAAUCCAGGAGAUCGUUAAGUCAAUAUUCAAUAUGAUUCCUGAGGAAGACCAGAAGGGCCUUCCAGAGGAUGAAGACACACCGGAGAAGAGGUCUGAGAAAAUCUGGGACUUCUUCGGAAAAAAAGACAACGAUAAAAUCGCAGAAGGAGAAUUCAUCCAGGGAGUGAUGGACAACAAGGACAUACUGCGCUUGAUUCAGUACGACGAGCCCCAGAAGAUUAAAGACAAGCUAAAGGAGAAGAGGCAGUAGCCCCUGGUUUAUCAAUUCACUCUUCAUUGUCUACAUGCUAACGUCAUCUAUCUGCACGUCCACCCCUGAUUCUUUUUCCUUCCGCAGACCAGAAACCAUGAGGUUUUAAUCUAACAGACUUUGCCCACAGUGGCAGAAUAUGUCCUAUCCAUCUUCAAAGUUAGAUACAACGUUUUGUUCAACUUUAAGAUCAAUAAUCUGGAACUACUUCUCGAAUUCCAGACGUUUAAUUAACCUGACUGCGAACAUGGUUUGGGUGGACUUUCGCAGUCCUCCGCCUACACAGAAGCUUAUUCCAAACCACUUAUUCCAAUCAGGCCCCCAACCCCAUGCACUCGGCCAGGUUGUGGCAGAGUUUAGCAGUGUUGUGAUCGACACUUUGAUUUACUCAUUACUGUAACAGCAGAGAGUCUUAGGCAGAGCUGUGGAUUAAGAUCUGGUUAACAAUUCCUCGGAGUCCACUAAUCCUAUUAGACGCUGAAGGACAUCUGAGACACACGUAGCUUGCUGACUGAAGUGUCUCGUAAUAAGGACUUGGCACAGUGCUCUAGGUGCACUGCUCUAUAGGUGCGUUUCUGGGCCAUUGAGAAGUGUUUACACACCAGUGAUGGAUGCAUGGUUACGCUGUGUGCGUGCCUGUGAUUGACAGGAGAAAUGGAUUCCCUGAACCAAAGCCCUGAUUGGUCAGAAAUAAGCUGGGAGCAUUCCAAAGUCUACAUUUCCCUAUCCCUGGCCUACUCACCUAGAGACAGAUAUUCUCACUGAGCAUUUCACUCACUAAUACCUGACUAGGUUUUAGAGGAUUUGGAGAUAAGAUGAGUUUGGGUGAGAUAGGUUGUGUUUUUGUUGACUUGUUUACUGUCUGUUUGUCUUGGUUUUCUUAAAGGGUCGUGUUGACGGUUGAAAGUGCUGUGUCACACUCGGAGUGUGACACUAUGUGCGAGAGUUUGGUUUUUUCCAUCCAAAACCUUUGACAUGGUUUCAUUCUUCUUGUAGAAUGUUCUUUCCUUGUAUCUCUGCUGGUAGACAGAUCCACGCAUUCAUUGUGGAGACAUUUAGCGGUCAUUUAAUUACUUCCCCUAAUUUAGUCCUCAAAGUCUUAUUCUAUACAAUAUAAAAGUUUCACAAUAAAAAUGCAACUGCUAAAAUGGA